UAUCUUCAUAUCCCUCUCUAUUUGAUUUUUUUUUUCAUAUAAACACCAUUUUUCUCAUCUUUUUUCUUCACUUUCCUCAACAAUGGUGGAUAUCAUGAAUAUCAUUAUAACUGUUAGACCUCUUUUAUCAUUCUCUCUAUUUCUUAUUUGCUUCACCAACUUUUUUGCAAAUGGAGUUCACUGUUCUCCAGAGAAGAAGGUCCUCAACUUGAGAGAUUUUCAAUGGAAGCAGCCCAGUGGUGCUCCAAGCUGUGCCUCACAGAACUCUAGGAGAGUAAAGGGUGUGACCAUAUUGGAAAUGAAGCACAGAGAUUACUGCUCUGAAAAGGUUGUUGACUGGAAAAAGAAACUGAAAACAAGAUUGAUUUUAGAUGAUGUUCAUGUUCGGUCACUCCAAUCGCAAUUUAAGAAAAGGGUCUCUAGCAACAACAAUAACAACAACAACCUAGAUGUUUCCGAAGCUCAAAUCCCACUGACUUCAGGUAUAAAGCUGCAGAUCUUAAACUACAUUGUGACUGUGGAGUUGGGUGGGAGAAACAUGACAGUUAUAGUUGACACAGGCAGUGUCUUGACAUGGAUCCAAUGCCAGCCCUGCAAGUCAUGUUACAACCAAAAAGAGCCUCUCUUCACCCCUUCUUUGUCCCAAACAUACCAAUCAAUCCCAUGCAACUCAUCAACAUGUCAAUCCCUCCAAUUUGCCACUGGUAAUUCAGGUGUUUGUGGUGCUACUCCUGUUAAGACCAGCCCCCCAACAUGUAACUAUGUUGUUAGCUACGGUGACGGGUCCUACACCCGCGGGGACCUCGGCCGCGACAGCCUCAGACUGGGGGCGACUCCGGUUGCGGGUUUUGUCUUCGGGUGUGGGAGGAGCAACAUGGGCCUGUUUGGCGGGGCUUCCGGAUUAAUGGGGUUGGGAAGAAGUGAUCUCUCAUUGAUCUCCCAAGCUUCCUCGGUUUUCGGUGGGGUUUUCUCCUAUUGUUUGCCUUCAACUGAGCCCGGCUCUUCAGGCUCACUUGUCAUGGGAUUUGACACAUCUGCUUACAAGAAUUCAACUCCCAUUUCCUACACCAAAAUGGUCCCAAAUCUACAACUUCCCUCCUUUUAUUUCCUAAAUCUUACUGGGAUCAGCAUUGGAGGAAUUGAACUACGUCAAACAACACCAUCAAGUACUACUUUUUCCCAAGGAGGGAUUCUCAUUGAUUCUGGGACAGUCAUAACAAGAUUAGCUCCUUCAGUUUACAAGGCUGUUAAGGCCGAGUUUGUGAAGCAAUUCUCUGGGUUUCCUUUAGCACCUGGAUUCUCAAUUUUGGACACGUGUUUCAACCUGACUGGCUAUGAUGAAGUCAACAUUCCGACCAUGAAAAUGCACUUUGAAGGCGGUGCUGAGCUGAACAUUGAUGUGACUGGGAUUUUGUACAUGGUCAAGAGUGAUGCCUCUCAGAUUUGCUUGGCCUUGGCAAGUUUGUCGUAUGCGGACGAGAUUGCGAUUAUUGGGAACUAUCAGCAGAAGAAUCAGAGGGUUGUGUAUGACACCAAGGAGUCCAAACUCGGAUUUGCCAGGGAAACUUGUAGUUUCAUAUGAGCAGGUCUUUUUUAUUUUUUUGUGAAUAUAUUUUCUAGUCAUCGUAGAAGUAAGAAAAAUGCCGGUGAUAGUUGCUGCUAAUUUAUGAACCAAUUACAGAUUGACAUGUAAGACUGCAAGAAGAGAUGCUGCUGAGUUGACAUGUGAAUUUGUGAUGGGUUAGAAAUAUGUGGUGAUGAUCACCGGUGAUGCUAUAUAGCAUCGCUCUAUAAGUAAUGCCAAGCAAUCUUGUUGGCAACAAGAUUGACAUGUAAGACUGCGGGAGAUGCUGUGUUAGCGGGUCUCAGAGUUGACAUGUGAAUUUGUGAUGUGUUAGAAAUAGGUGAUGAUGAUCACCGUUGAUGCUAUAUAGCAUCGCUCUAUAGGUAAUGCGAAGCAAUCCUGUUGGCAGCAAAAUCUUCAGGCAAUAGCUCUCGGUUUAUGUUAUUACCUAAAUUGUGAUUUUGUUGUGAAUUUAUUGAGGAAAAAAAGGUAUAGACUUUGUACGCCAUUUUGAAUUUCCGAGUCUCAUUUUUAUGUAAUAAUAUUACUCUUCUCCUGUUAAGAGGCAGGAGAAAAGAGUUUGAAAUGCAAUGUGAUUUUUAUGUAAAAUUUGUCUGGGUGAAAGAUACUGCUAUGCUUUGUCUAU